AUGAGCACAGAGGAUGCUGACAAUGGGACCUCUCCCACUCCACCUCUCCCUUGGCUUCUGGUUUCAACCACCGAGCUGGUCCCACCCAGUCCUGCGUCCCUCAAGGUAACAGACCCACUGUCCAUCAUCAUCGUUCUUGUCUGCAUCUUCCUCCUCCUGGCAACCUUCCUCAUCUUUGUCAGCCUCUGCAAGCCUGUGGUGCUGGAGCAGCCCCGCUUUGGGCCUGGUGAGUGCAUGCCACAUCACCCAGCAGAUGCCAGCGAGCCUCAGCUGAGGCUCUGGAAGCGGCUGGGCUCCCUGCGCUGCUCCAUCAGCACCUUCAGAAGGAGCCAGCUGGUGUCCCAGAGCCAGCUUGCCUGUCCCAGGAACUCCCCUGCCAGCCAGCACUGGGAUGUCAUGGAGUCCACCAAAAUGUGA